AUGAAAGUCAAAAUUACAAGAACUUUACUCUCGUUAGCUCUUAUUCUCUUGCUUGCACUGGUGCACAUAAAGUGCGCUGAAGAUGCGAGUGCUGGGGAAAGUGCUUCUGCACAAGCAAGCGAGUCCGCACAGGAAAGUGCCUCUGCACAAGCAAGCGAGUCCUCACAGGAAAGUGCCUCUGCACAAGCAAGCGAGUCCUCGGAGGAAAGUGCCUCUGCACAGGCCAGCGGAUCCAUGACGAGAAGCUCCACCAGGAAGGCAAGCGGAUCUGCAGCAGGAAAUCGCUCGAACACGUAUAACAGCGGAGGACACGAAGGUCACAGCAGCCACGGAGGAAGCGGAGGCGAAUCAUCCGGCUUUAUAGGCGUGAUAUUCUUCUCCCCUGUGGAGGACGGGCACGGAAAAAUAUACAAGUUCUUCACGGGGCCUUUCAUGACUGUGAUUGGGUUUGUCAUAGGAGUGGGGCUGGUCGCAGGAGGACUCUUUGCGAUUCUGUCGGGCUCUCAAUAA